UCUCAGUUGUUAUUUCCUCCUACGCAGUGAAACACACUUUCUUCUUUCUUUAGCUUUCAAGUUUUGAAGGAGGUGGUGCCUGGUGCCAUGUGCUGGCCUUUGUUGGAUUCUCGUACCCAAUGUAUAGCACCUUCCAUAAUCAUCACCUACCUCUUUCUGUCACUCUUCUUCUCAUCCCUCUUCCUCACCACUUCCUCCGCAUGCUUCAAUGGCAAUUGCCAGGUUCUGGAGGCAUGUUCAGUUGCUACAGAUUGUGGGCCAGGCCUAUAUUGUGGCAAUUGCCCUGCGUUGGGAAGGAAAAAACCUGUUUGCACCAGAGGCCAAGCCACCCUUCCAACAUCAAUAGUUAAUGGGUUACCUUUCAAUAAGUACACAUGGAUCAUGACCCAUAAUUCAUUCAGCAUCGUGGAUUCACCCCCUCUGCCUGGUAUUCAGAGACUCACUUUCUACAAUCAAGAAGACACCGUCACAAAUCAACUCAGGAAUGGAGUGAGGGGACUGAUGUUGGAUAUGUACGAUUUCGAGGAUGACAUUUGGCUGUGUCAUUCAUUUCGAGGGCAAUGCUUCAAUUUCACUGCCUUUCAACCUGCACUGAAUACUCUGAAAGAAGUGGAAACAUUCUUGACUGAAAAUCCAACAGAGAUUGUCACCAUUGUGAUUGAAGACUAUGUGCAUACUCCAAAGGGGUUGAUUAAUCUCUUCACAAGUGCUGGACUAGUUAAAUUUUGGUUCCCCGUAUCUGAUAUGCCAAAGAAUGGUGAAAAUUGGCCUACUGUAACAGAGAUGAUUCAGUCAAAUCGUCGGCUUCUUGUGUUCACUUCUGAUGCAUCAAAGGAAGAUGAAGAAGGAAUAGCUUAUCAGUGGAGGUACAUGGUUGAAAAUGAGUCUGGAGAUCCUGGUAUGAAGCAGGGUUCUUGCCCACAGAGAAAAGAAUCAAAGCCACUAAAUUCUAGAAGUGCAUCACUAUUCCUGCAGAAUUAUUUUCCAACAUAUCCAGUUGAAGCUGACUCUUGCAAAGAGCAUUCAGCUCCACUUGUGGAUACGGUGAAUACAUGUUUCAAAGCUGCAGGCAAUAUGCUGCCAAGCUUUGUAGCAGUUAAUUUUUACAUGAGAAGUGAUGGUGGUGGUGUAUUUGAUGUUGUUGAUAAAAUGAAUGGCCGUACAUUGUGUGGAUGUGAUACAAUAACUGCUUGCCAGGUAGGAGCACCUUUUGGAUCCUGCAAGAACAUUGCUGUACCUAGUAAGAGUCCAGGGACGAACACAGGUGGAAGCUUUACUGGAUAUGUGCAAUUUGCUAGAUCAGCUUCGCCAGACCAUUUUCCAAAUUGCUUGCUUGUCCUCUCGUUUUAUUUCCUGCUUAUUGCAGUUUUGUUGUGAUCAUAAUGAAUGUUAAUUUGUAAGAAUACAAUAUACAAGCUAAGUCGUUCAAGAAGAGCUUGUGUUAUCAUGUGCACUGCAGUGUUGCCUCAAUCUACGGUGUCAUGUAAUUGUCUGAGUUAGAAAAUUUGAUAAGCAAAAUUUUGAGAUUCCUGAGGCUAUAUUGGAGAGGAUCUGCAAAGUCAUCUGAGGUAGAUAGUGACCAAGAGAGGUCAAUAAGGCAUUUGGAGCAGUUCAGGUAAUGUACCAAGGCAUCAUUCAUUAGUCAAAAGAUAAGAAAAGGAAAAUGGGUAGUACAAUAUCAGGAUAUCAUGGCUGAAGCUCUUGGUCCACAGUUAAGGAUUAUUAUAAUUGUAAUUUGUACCCUAACAAGUAUUGUUAAGUACUUUUCACAUACAAUUUUAUCAUGUUACUAUACAUUAUAUAAUGAUGUGGUCCAUAUCAACACAUGGAGCAUGUGGCAUUCAAUUAUAGAAAUACUUUACCUGAGG